AUGAUCCUUCAGCAGCCACCCCAAAACCACCCCUCUUAUGGCUGUCAACCACUGAGCUUUAUUUCCUGAGGCUAUUAAACAUUGGAUCUUGUGUCCAGGACCUGCUGUUCUUUGAGCCAUCUCCCCUAUGGUCAUCAACUUCUAGGUUAUAUGUCCAGUAGCUUCAGACCCUUGAACUACGUGUCUGACAGUUUUCAACUUGUUUCCUGCAUGAUCAGUUUCCAACAAGUGGUGAUUGAUCUGGAAGCCACUUGGAAGUUGUCAAUAACUUGGUGCUCAUGA